CUUGAACCCAGGUUCUUGUGCACUGUGAUGUGUGCGCUUAACCAGGUGUGCCACCACCUGGCCCCACUGGUGAUGCUUUAAACAAAACAAAUAUACUUACUUUGUCUGGAAACAGACUUAUUUAUUAGAUCUUUUAAUUUACUAUCUAGAUAAAAAUAGUCAUUGAGGAUUCAUAUGCAUUACCCAAUAUGGGCUUUAUUAUAUCAUGUAUAAUUUAAUCUCUGGCUAGGAAAGAGAAUGGAACUCUUAUUUUACAUGUUACUAUAAUGUACAUUAGUGAGCUCAAUCCAUUUAAAUUAACAAUACCAGGUUAGGGAUUUAGAAUACAGUACUAUGUGAAAAUAGUUGGCAGAGAAAUUCUUUCAUCUGCCAUUAAACAGACUAGAAAUGUUAUUUCAGACCCUAAAUCCAACUGAAACCCAGAAACAAUAAAUUGAGAGGAUGGGAUGUGUAAUUUGUGAACAUGUUUUUCCAAGCAGAGAAAGAAUCACUAUCUUUUGGCUGAAUUAUAUGUUGCCAUGGACAUGGCAGUAUGCAGUAAUGAUGCUAACAUCUAUACAGCUGUAUAACAACACAGCUUCUUCCUCUCUCAUCGUUCUCAGUAAGACUUGAAAAUAAUAGGUUUGUGUCGUAGUUUGGUAGAAAAUUAGAAUCAUUUAAAGUCCUUUCAGUUUCAGUCCUAAGAAGAAAAAAGAACAGAGGCUUAGGAAGAUGGGGAAGAAGAGCAAACAAAGUACAGGGGAAAAGUGAAUGUGUGAUAAAAUAGAACAUAUGUAAAGGCUGAAGAGGGGGUACCUUGCCUUUGUGGUGAAAAGACUUGGAUUUAGUUUUUGCUGCAUCACGUAUAUGACCUUGGACAAAGUCACAAUGUUUUUAAGACUGUUUUUGUAUCAUUAAGAUGGACUCAUAAUGGGAAUGUCCUCCAACUUAAAAAUAAUUCAUAAAUUAUAUAGCCCUAUAAGAAUAAGGGCUUACAGACAUUAUACUGUUGAAUUAAAGGUAGAAAAAAAAAGAAAAAAAUGGUUUUGAUAUUUUGGAGAUUGGCAACCUGGGUUCUAAUUCCAAUACAAAGCUAAUAGCCUUUGUUGCCUUGAAACAAAUAAAGCUCAUAGUCUUUAAUGCCUUGAAACACAGCACUCACUGUUUUCUCUUUUUUUGAGAAGCGAAGAUAGCAUCGCUUUCUUAGAGUCAAAUAUAGAAAAUGUAUGUGAAGGAAUUUAUCACUUAGUUGGUAUCUGAUGUCUCCUUUAGACCCAACCACUUAUUCCAUUAAUGUCAUCAACAAAAGAUGAUUACAGUGCAAUGCAUAAGGGCACUAAGGACAGACAGGAACAUAAAGAAAGUGAGGUAAAUCCAAUCCAGGCAGGGAACAUCAUCUACACUUGGGUGUCUUACUUCACACUUGCCCACUUGAAGCGAGGGUACCCGCACAACAAAGACAAGAAGAGUUGCGGAGCGGGUGAGUCGAGUGUCCUUUCGACUCUGCAGACUCGACGGGAGGGACCCUGAAAUUCUUAAUUAGAACUGGUUGCCAUGGCAGCAGUCUCUAGGCAGCGUGGGCUGAGCUCUGGGUAGGGCUAGAGGGUGGGCCGCCGCUGGACCCUGCGCGCGCCCGCCACCAACUUUCCCUCCAGACCCGAGAGGGGCGGUGCGCUCCGCCCCCGCCCCCGGGCCGCGCACGUCUGCGCUCGGAGGCGCGCACGCCUGCGGGAGCCCUCUCCAGGCAGCCUAGUGCUGAUCGCCGGAGCCCGAGCGGCUGUUAACCGCCCUUGCAGGAGCCCGAGGCUCGAGAGCAUCCCCCUCCCUUCCUGGGCUCUCCCCACCCCUUCCCCGGUCGGCCCCUGGGCAUGAGCAGCGAUGGCCGGCUGCACCCCUGAGGAGAAAACUUACCGGCGCUUCCUGGAGCUGUUCCUUGGCGAGUUUCGCGGACCUUGCGGCGGCGGCGAGCCCGAGCCGGAGCCCGAACCCGAGUCAGAGCCGGAGCCGGAGCCCGAGUCCGAACUGGUAGCGGCGGAGGCGGCCGAGGCUUCGGUCGAGGAGCCGGGGGAGGAGGCGGCCGCGGUAGCCGUGACGGAGGAGGGAGAGCCCGCGCAAGACCCCGAGGACGAGGCGGUGGAGGAGGAGGCGGUGGUGGCGGCCGAAGGCGCAGAGGAGGACGAAGAGGAGGCGGCGUCCGCGGCCCCGGUGCAGCCGCCGCCGCCGCCGCCGCAGCCCCAGCUGCCGCCGCUGCCCCCGCUCCCGCGGCCGCUGUCGGAGCGCAUCACCCGCGAGGAGGUGGAGGGCGAGAGCCUGGACCUGUGCCUGCAGCAGCUCUACAAAUAUAAUUGCCCUUCUUUUUUGGCUGCUGCUUUAGCAAGAGCUACAUCAGAUGAAGUCCUUCAGAGUGAUCUGUCUGCUCAUUAUAUCCCAAAGGAAACGGAUGGCACAGAAGGGACUGUGGAGAUUGAGACAGUGAAAUUGGCCCGGUCUGUCUUCAGCAAACUACAUGACAUUUGCUGCAGCUGGGUGAAAGACUUCCCUCUCCGCAGGAGGCCCCAGCUCUAUUAUGAAACAUCAAUCCAUGCCAUCAAAAACAUGCGCAGGAAAAUGGAGGACAAGCAUGUCUGCAUUCCCGACUUUAAUAUGCUCUUCAACCUAGAGGACCAGGAAGAACAAGCUUACUUUGCAGUGUUUGAUGGUCACGGGGGAGUGGAUGCUGCCAUAUAUGCCUCCAUUCACCUGCACGUGAACUUAGUGCGCCAGGAGAUGUUUCCCCAUGAUCCUGCUGAGGCCCUGUGCCGGGCAUUCCGGGUCACUGACGAGCGCUUUGUGCAGAAAGCAGCAAGGGAGAGCUUAAGAUGUGGGACCACAGGAGUGGUGACUUUUAUCAGAGGCAACAUGCUCCAUGUGGCCUGGGUGGGUGAUUCCCAGGUUAUGCUUGUGAGAAAGGGCCAAGCUGUUGAACUAAUGAAACCACACAAACCAGACAGAGAGGAUGAAAAGCAGCGAAUUGAGGCCCUUGGAGGCUGCGUAGUCUGGUUUGGUGCCUGGAGGGUGAAUGGAAGUCUAUCGGUCUCCAGAGCCAUUGGAGAUGCUGAACAUAAGCCAUAUAUCUGUGGGGAUGCAGAUUCUGCCUCUACAGUUUUGGAUGGAACCGAAGACUACCUCAUUCUUGCCUGUGACGGCUUCUACGACACCGUGAACCCUGAUGAGGCAGUGAAAGUUGUAUCUGACCACUUGAAGGAGAAUAAUGGAGACAGCAGCAUGGUUGCCCACAAGUUAGUGGCAUCAGCUCGUGACGCUGGGUCAAGUGAUAAUAUCACUGUUAUUGUGGUAUUCCUGAGGGACAUGAACAAAGCUGUAAAUGUUAGUGAGGAAUCAGAUUGGACAGAGAACUCUUUUCAAGGAGGGCAAGAAGAUGGUGGGGAUGAUAAGGAGAAUCAUGGAGAGUGCAAACGCCCUUGGCCUCAGCACCAGUGCUCAGCACCAGCCGAUCUAGGCUAUGAUGGGCGUGUGGAUUCUUUCACUGAUAGAACUAGUUUGAGCCCAGGGUUCCAAAUCAACGUUUUGGAAGACCCAGGCUACAUAGAUCUCACACAAAUAGAAGCAAGCAAACCUCACAGUGCCCAGGUUUUGCCACCAGUUGAGAUGUUUGGUCCUGGUGCACCAAAGAAAGCCAGUUUUACUAAUGAGCUUAUAAUGGAGAAAAAUUCGAUUCAAUCAUCAUUGCCUGAACGGAGUGGUGCUGGAGAAUUCCCCUCUUCUCUUAAUUUGGGUCCAACAGGGCAGCAAAUAUACAGAAUGGAGACCUUGUCUCCUGUCUGUCCUAGGAUGGAAAAUGAACAGGUCAUCUUCCUGGGAAAGAGGGUUUCUAGAUUGUUUCAUUUACGCUACCACUAUUCAAAGAGGUGGCAUGGAUUCAGGUCUAACCCACAGUUUUAUUCAUUUCUCUCUAUUGGAGAGUCUUCCCACAAAAUAGGCAUUAGCUUGUCCUCACUUACUGGAAGUGGGAAGAGAAGUAGGAUGUUAAGAAGUUCUCUGUCAUGGAGGCAAAAUAGUUGGAAAGGGUACUGUGAAAGCAUAAAGAAGUUCAGAAAGAGUAACGAUAUUCCAUAUCCAGAUCUUUCCCGGAGCUAUAAAAUAUAGUAUUUUCUCUUAAAAGUAGGCUAGCUAGUUCUCUCCUAAUAAACACACCACUAUCAGAGUAGAAGCAAGUAGACAUUUUUGAAUUAUAUGUGCUUCAUUAUGAAACCAUGGAUGGCUCAAUUCUUAAAUGUAAAUAGAUCUCUAGGAAACUCAAAAUAGUGUUUUCAAUAUUAAAAAGUAUUGGCAGUUUCACUAACAAAAUUAUACAACCGAUCCCUGUGAUGUGUCUCCACACUUCCAUACAAACCCCACCCCAGAUCCUUUCACAUAACUAUUGGAAGUUUGAGUGAUUUCAGCCAGGAUAUAGAGUGUUGAAAUCUCAGUGCAGAUGAAAUUUGGUCUGAUGUGCCUAAUAUAUCUGAGGAGAAAUUACUGAAGAUUUAACUUUAGGUGGGGAAUGUUUCUCAAAAGGUGGAACUAUGAGAGAAUCCCCUAUUCUCUAUUUGUUAUGUAGGUAAAAGAUCAAAAGCCAUAUGGGUUUUAACUGGUAACAAAACUAGAAAACUAGUACAAAAUGUCAUGUUCAGAUCUGUGAGGUGACACAAGUAAAAAAAAAUAAUUUUAACAUAAACGUUUUUUUGAAUUAAAAAACAUUUUUCUAGGGCUGUAGCUAUUUGAGAAUUUCAUAAUCUGUUAUGGUGCUUACGGUGAAGUUUUUAUUAUUUGUCAUUUUAGAAGACUGCUGUCAACUCGUUUUGAACUGAUACUAAUGUGUUUUUCACUGUACCUUCAUCUCAGGAAUAAAACUGGUUCAAUGGAGAUGAUAUCAGGUACAAAUACACUAGAAUCAAGUUGCCAUAUAAAAUAUCAAAUAGUAUUUCUAUAUUUUCUGCCUUUACUUUUUUGAAGUUCAUAGACAGCAAAGGCAUAUAUUAUUAUAAAAUAAAAAAUGGUUUUGGAGAAUGAGAAUGCUAGUUUUAACUUCUCUAAAAGCUCUCUCCCCAAUAAAUGAAGUAACUAGUGUGAGACAGGCCAAGAGUAAAUGCAGAUUACUGAAAUUUGUUUAGCUGUAAGCGGAGAAAGGACCAGAGACCUGUUAUAUACAACUUCAGAAUGCAGGACUCUCAUUUCAAUAUUGAUGUUUGGUAAUUUUUAAAAAAUUAUUUCCUUUUUGCCACUUCUGCAGUUUUAAGUCAGAAGGAUCUCUUUAGAUGAAGACAUCAAAAUACACUAAUAAUCAAAUUCAUUCAGUGAAGCAGCUGCUAAUUAGCCGAGAAUCAUGAAUAGCUCGACACUACAUUGCCCUCCCCCAGUUAACCAUGGAGCAGCCAUGUCAAAGAACAGGAACUGCGUGCUGUGUGUCAGUCAUGCACACCAUUACCAGGCACUAAGCACUCUUGCUGAGCAGUACCCAUUAUCUACCUGUAUUCUUACAUAGUAAUAUAUAGUAAUACAAUGAUUUUAUGUUCCCUGGACCCAAUAAUGAAGGACUAAAAUUGCUGGACUUUAAAGACCAGAGGACUGUAGUACACUUUGGGUGCCACUAUAACUAAAUAAACAUAGAAAAGCAGUUUUACUUUAACAAUCACCAAAUUGUCAAUCUAUGAUUUUAUUUUUUUUAAUUUGGAUGUUAAGUAGACUUUUUUCAGUAUUUUAUCUUGAUUUUGACGUAAUUUCUUCGUUUCUCAAGUCCCAUGACACAUGGUUGAAAAGAGGGAGUAAACAAGGCUCAACUCUAGUUAAUCAGACUCUUUGCACCAUCCUCAUGUGUUACCACCACACGUGGACCUCACUCACGUCAUUUUCUGAAGCCUAGAUCUUGUUAAGCCAUCACAGGUGCAGUGUCCAUUUCAAAUCAAAUUAUCUAAGGAAAAAAGAAAACAAAGGCAGCAGAAUUAUAGCUUAUAAUAUACUAUGAAACAUUUACCUAAGUUAAAAUUUUUUAAAUUUUCUAGUUUCUUGGUAAUAUUUUUGAUCUGAAAAAAAAAAAUGGUGACAGAAGGUAUAAGGGAUAGGUUAUUUUUUAUUGGGGAAAAAUGAUUGGAAGGAAAUGAGAUGAAACAUAUGUCAAACCUUAAAGGUCUGGAUUUUGUAGGUCUGAAUACAUACUUUUAACUCCAUUUCUCAUUAACAGCCCUCUAGAAAAUAAAGGUUAAGUAGUUCUAGUGUGAUCAAGCUAUACACCAAUAAUGUAAAAAAAAAAAUAUAUAGCAACUAUUCAUUUAUUCACAACAUGCAUAUUUAUAGAGUAGCUAGGUACCAUUUGUAAGGUAAGUCCUUUAAAAUUCUAUAAUACAUAUUCAAGUAGCGGUUAUUGGUUUGAUAUAUGCUGCUUUGGGUUCUAUAACCUAGAUAAAAAGCAGUGCUUUGUGAAAUGCAGUGUUAAAUCUUAAUGCCACUGGUGAUAGAAAGUAGCUCCCCUUCAGUUCAAAUCCUGUGCCCUUAUUUGCUGCUUGCUGACGUAAGCAAUAAAAUCCCUCUUACUAAUGGUAUCUACACAUUUCUGUAACUUGUACUUAAUGAUGGUGUAUAUGGUGACUGUAAAAAUAUUAGAGAGCUAUAAAAGUAUCUAUAUAAUAUAUCAACUGUUAAUGCUGAGUAUAGUCUGUGAAUUAUGUAUUUUGUACUUUUAUUCAUUGUGUAACUUAGUGGUGGUGAAAGUUCUAUACUCAAUAUUCAGAGUGGCAAUAUCCCUUUUUCAACUUAACAUGAUCUGCAUCAGUUUGUUUGCCUGCUAAUAAACAACUUUUUGUUUUUGUUAGAAGAUAGUAAAAAUACAAACAAGAAAGUAUAGUAUUGAUUAGAGAAAUAGACUUCAAGUCUUCAACUGAAGUCAUCAAAUUGCUUUUACAUUCACUGUGAGUUUCAAAGGGAGUCUCCCUGACUGAAAGGUCUCCUUUGUUUCACUUUCUAGAUGUGUACUUUUGAGGGAUAUCUGAGGUUAAGUAACAUUACAGCAUCAAACACUGGGGCUACUAAUCUCACUUAGGUCUGUAGUAAAGAUGGUGAAAACACACAUGUAUAUAUACCUUUUCUUUACCUAGAAGUGCCAUCCAUUCAUUGUCCUUGAGUUACUAAAAGUUACUGUUGCAUUUAAUUAAACUAAGAGGCUCCAUGAAAGGAACACUUUUUUCCCCCAAGGACAAUGUCAACAAUGUCAAUGUCAACACUGAGUCUGAUUCUGGCCACGUUUAUAGUGGUACAAUGUCAGCAUUGCAUCUUCAUGACAACCACACCCCACUGUUGGAACACUGUGCCAGUAAGAAGUGCAGUAUCCAGUGGGCAGAUGAAGAAGCUGCAUAAAGAAGUUCAGUGUUUACAGAUAAAACUGCUGUGGUUGAAGCACUUCCUUUGCCAUCGAAGACUUGCCAAGACUUUGUGAGAAAGUGACUAAUUAAUAUUUUAAUGUUUAAAUAUGAUUUGUUCAGUUGAUGAAUAUUCUCACCUAAGCAAGAGCAGAAGAGGGGGAUACCAUAGUUUGAGUCACAUCAUAAUUUGGUACAAAAAUUCUUUGGUUUAUAAAUUAACAACAACAACAGAACUUAAAGAAAAAAAAUGUAAUGUCAAAGGAUGACUACCCAUUCUUCUGUUAUGACUUGAAUAUUUUAAAUGUUUUUUUUUCCCUCAAAAUACCACAAGUAUUAUGACUUUCAGGCUAGUGGAACUAUGUGGAAAACAAUUUCUCUCUAGCAGCACUGUAUAUUCCACUGUGAAGACUACUGUGCAAACUAGAAAAUAUGAACUCAGGUCGGGAAUUCCAGAAUUGGCACAGCCGAAAAGGAAAUUACUAGAUUUUGAUGUAUUAGGUAAACCACAGGCACAGUAUUGUCAACUCUUAAUCUAGGUGCUCUUUGGUGAGAAACAUGCUUUGUUCUCCUGUUUGUGGUCUUUCUCUGCAAAGAAUUCUCUAUGGAGUGAAGUGAACGAAGUGAAUCAUUUCUUACUAAGGAAAUUCAUCAAUUUACACAUCUGCUAUACAGCUCACUUUUUGAGUUCAGUUCUCAUCACGAGUGAUCCUUUACACUAUUUAUUAAAACUGUUCAUUCAGGUAAGAAGUAUGUUGAAAUUGUGCCAAUAUCUUAAUAAAACCCAGCAAUUUAAAACCA